ACCAACUGAAAAUGAACCUUGACAAGACUGAACUUUUUUUCCUUCCAGAUAAAAGCCUCUGCCGAAUAAAAGUGUCAGCAAACUGAAAAUGUAAAUGUAAACAUGCUGUUUUACCAGUAGACAUAAGAAAAUACGGCAAAGAAGUUCAGUAAGUUUACUAUUUACACUGAUCAGAGACAGCUUAUGGCCUGACAUGUGUAGCAAACUUGGGUCUAAUACAUUAAUGCAUGUAGGUACACAUACAUACCAAUGUAGACUAAACUACCAAUGAACUAGUUUGGAGUAAUUCCCUAUGUAGACGUUUUAUUUUGAAAAUACAUGUUGCCACUGUAGCGGAUUCUUUCCUGACGCCGACGUAACCGGAAGUGUAACAAAGAACAAGGUUAUGUGUUUACACGGAGCAGCUUCGCUCGUAUCCGUGAAUCAAACGAACACGAGUGAACGCUGGAUACGGCAAGUCCUCUUCUUCUACUCCCGCGAGCUAACGUUUGCUGACGUCAACUAACUCCCCCGUCACUCCCUCCCUGCAGGUGGUUCGGAGAUGACCGUCCUGAACCUGUCCUUUGCGGCAUGCGGCUUCUUGGGGAUCUACCACCUGGGGGCCGCAGGGGCCCUUCUGCGCCACGGGGAUAAGAUGUUGGGCUCCCUCGGGGCCUGCGCGGGGGCCUCGGCAGGAGCCCUGGUGGCUGCAGUGCUGGUCACGGCUCCCGAAAAACUAGAGAACUGCAAAGAGUUCACGUACGGGUUCGCCGACAGUGUGAGGCGGCAGCGCUUUGGAGCCGUCACACCGGGAUACGACUUCAUGCUUGCGCUGCGGGAGGGCAUCGAAGAGAUCCUGCCCAGCGAUGCUCACAGCUUGGCCACUGACCGCCUCCACGUCUCCAUGACGCACUCAGGGAGCGGCAGGAACCACAUCAUUUCCCAGUUCACCUCCAGGGAGGAGCUCAUAAAGGCUUUGCUGGCCAGCAGCUUUGUUCCGCUUUACGCUGGACUCAAACCGGUGAAAUUAAGAGGACAGAACUGGAUCGACGGGGGUUUCACUGACAGCCUUCCCCUCCUCCCCACGGGACGCACCGUCACCCUGUCUCCAUUUGCCGGACUGCAGGACGUGUGUCCCGUCCACAGGGGGCGCUUUGCCACUCAGAUCCGACUGGCCAACAUGAAGGUCAUGUUUUCCGUGGAGAACAUCAAACGUCUGAACCAGGCUCUGUUCCCUCCGUCCGACUGCGCCAUGCGCUCUUUGUGUGAGGACGGGUUCAAUGACGCUGUGAGGUUCCUCAAGAGGGAGGAAUGGAUGAGCUGACAGGGCAAUUUGAAAAACACUUGCUCUAUUAAAUAAAAUUAUUUGUUUAAAUGUUAUUCUUAUUUAUUGUAAAAUAGAUUUUUACUAUCUUAAUGUGUUUCUGUACUUGAGCUGCUCAAAUUUCUCCCAUGGCGGAUAAAUAAAGUAAUAUACAUCACACACACAUUCUGUGCUUUGUCUUCUGCUCUUUGUGUGUAGUUUCCACAGUGUUCUAUGAGAGGACAAUAAUUCAUCGGUAAUGUUGACGAUAACACGCUCGGUCUGAACGUUAAAUACGAACAUCUCUUUUAAUUUAAUGUUUUAGGCAUGAGGGGUGACUUUAGGGCUGGAUAUUGGGCAUCACUUUUCUUUUUUUGCAGUUUACGCCGGGCAGGUACAAAACGAGGGAAAUCAGCAGCAGGAAAUCUGGCAGGAAGAUCAUUUAGGGUAGUCUAGCAUGAUACUGAGGCCGAUCUGGCAGUGAGGGAGUGGGACAGGGGUUUAAGUGCAGCAGAUUGGCAGAUGGGAGGGAUCGGGCUGAGGAGGGGGUGUGACUAAACAGGUGCACUACUAUAACAUUCAAUCGUAUUUCCACCUAUACAAGUUAUGAUUUUGUAGGUCAGAGCAACUUAUUAGGGUCCUCGCUACAACUAGUCGUAGAGGAACCUAUUGUAUUUCAAGGAAUUAUUAUUAUUCUCACAAACCGCGGGCCUUUUGGGGGCCUGUAUCAUAUUCAAAAAGUUGUUAAAUUUGACUUGAAAAAUUUGAUAAUUUUUGGGUCUCACGUUUGGGUAUAAAGAAAUGUCUCUAUAGCGCCCUCUAGAAAAUUAAAAAAGACCACACUUGGCCAGUUUCCGC